CGGGUAGGAAUUACACCCGUGUUCAAAUGAAAAACCGAUGGGAUGCAUUGAAAGCUGAUUUUACCACAUGGAAGACACUACUUCUUAGUGCGUCUGGACUGGGAAGAGACCCAAAGACCGGUACAAUUGCGGCCAGUAAUGAAUGGUGGGAAGAAAAAAUUGAGGCCAUGCCGUUGUGCAAAAAAUUUAGAUUUGCCCCUUUGGAAAAUGAAGAAGAUGUUGAAAUCAUGUUUAGUGGUGCGUCCUGCACCAAUGCAAAUGCUGUGGCUCCAGGUGCAAGAGAGGGGUCAGCAGAUAAUGGUAGUGAGGAUGUCCAAGAGGUGCAUCCAAGUUCUGCUGAAAAACAACCUGCAAAAAGAGGUGCUGCUUAUAAAUCUCCAAAGAAGCCAAAGAAAAAUUUUAGAGAUGUGCAGUUCAAGCGUUUUGUGGACUCAUUUGUGGAGAAAGCUAGUUCAAGCUCUGCAACUUCUGCACCCACUGAUCAUGUUAGGCAAGAGAUAGCAGAAAUGUUGCAAUCAGUCAUUGAAGCUGGGGCAUGUGAAGGAAGUGAUGAAAUUUUUAUGCCACCCAACUCCUGAUCAAAAAGGAAUUUAGAGAUGUGUUUGUCACUCUUAAAACCCCUGAAGGGAAGCUUGGAUGGCUUAAGAGGACUUGGGAGGAGAGGAAGAAACGCUAGAGAUUACUACUGUAUUGUAUUUUCAAAUUAUCAUUUGUAUUGUACCUUUAAUUUAAUGGCUUUUACUUCAAGUGAGUCUAAUGAUUCUGAAAUGGCAAGUAAUUCAAGUGAAUCAAGUGGUUGGAUGUAUGAAGCAGCAGCAAUAGCAGCUUAUGCAAUGCUUGAUUCUGGGAUAUCUUCUUCAGAAAAGAAGCCACGAAAAGUGCCAGAAGAAUCAGGUUAUCAAUUUGUUCAGAGGCAACUUAGAAAUGAAGAGAGCUGCUAUACCAUGUUCAGAAUGGGAAGAGAUAGCAAUUUGAGUGAUAAUGACUUUGAUACAUUUGCAUCUGAUGAGACAUAUGUUGAUGGGGAUGCGGGAACUAGUACUAGUAAUGUUGAUGAUGAGCAAGAUAUGGGAGAUGUACGAGAUGCUAUUGCGCAAGCAUUGGCUGGAGGAUAUUGA